UGUCAAUCCGCUUCCAGUUCUAUUCUCAUUUAGCCCUCAUUCUGUCACAACCUAUCAAUUUUCUGUCUUUGCGUCAUGUGUCACGUUUAGACCUGGGAAGAAUUGAUAUGCCAUUUGAUUUUGGUAUUCUGCGUAAUCUGCCUUGUCUGACACACUCGACAUUCUUACCACUGUUCAGACCUGAACCGAUGUCUCAUAUUGAUGUGUCUCAUAUCAUUCCUCGGUCUCAUAUCCGUGCCAGGAAACCAUAUUUCCCACCACUUACACAUAGCCUGGGACUUUUUUGCCUGGGACUUUUUGGUUUGUGUGGUUUUCUUGUUCGGCCUUUUUUGGUUUUUGACUUUGGAAUGGCAAACUCUUUGUUGGCUUUUUUUGUUUUUUGUCUUUUUGGUUUUUUUUACAUUUUUUUGUAUUUAGCCCAACAUGUUUGCCAAGCCAGGCGUAGGAGGCCUUGUGGCCAAGAGGACAUUGACGAGGCUUUAUGGGAUUUUGAAGAAAUUGUGGAGGCUUUAUGGGAUUUUGAUUUGGAGAGAGGCGAUUUAAGCGAGAAUGUUGGAACUCCAAAUCAUUUGAUAUGUUUGUCACGUAACGAACCUACUUGGCCAGAGUACCAAUGUGAUUUUGAUUCGGAGAUAGGCUAUUUAACCGAGAAUGUUGGAACUCCAAAUCAUUUGUGGCCAGAGUACCAAUGUGAUUUUGAUUCGGAGAUAGGCUAUUUAAGCGAGAAUGUUGGAACUCCAAAUCAUUUGAUAUGGUUUCCUCCAACAACAGAGACGUUGGAGGGACGUAACGAACCUACUUGGCCAGAGUGCCAAUCUGCGAAUCCAGCUCUGGAGCAACACAGGGCUAUUCUUCCUUGCACAGUACCAGAUGUCGUGACAAGGAAUAAUGCGGUUACUGUAACAACAGUACAAAUGGAAACUGAUAAAUCAAUGACAACUCCAUGUUGGAGUUCAGCAAGUGAAUUAGAAGUAGUUUCAGCAAGUCCACUGCCACCUCAAUGCUUAUCAGGAUCAAUUGCACAGGACAAUCUUCCUCUGUCUUGUCCUGUCCCUACAUUGGUAACAACGGAGGAGUGUUUUCCGGAAGCGAAAAGAUGUAUCAAUUCAUCGAUAGAGUUACCAUGUUCUAAUCCAGCUCUGAAGCUACCCACGGUUAAUACUGCUCAGGGUUCUGCAGAAGAGGUCAAUCCCUCUACGGAACUUUAUUUGAGGCCUCAAUGUAUCGAAAUACCCCAGCCUGCUGGACCUGCACUUCAGCCUGACGCCUUUCCAAAUGUAGGGAAGAAUAUGCUGGUUGAUUCAUCAGAACAAGAGUCAUCUGUGGGAUUUGAUGCUACAAACAUUGGAGGGAAUGUUGUUAGUGCAAACAAAAAUUGCACUACAACUUGUUCACAGAAGAAAAUUACAAUUAGAGAACUCCUACCACUUAUUGGUUGGACGCGUGAAGCUGCUGCAGAGGAACUUGGUGUUAGCAUACCUACAUUCAAGCGCCACUGUAGGGUGAAUGGUAUCUCCCGGUGGCCACAUCACAGGAAUAAAAAGCUAUGUCUUUCCCUUCGUCAGAAGCUUGCAGAUGACUCUGACCAAGGUGCAGCAGGAGCAUUUGGUCAUUUUGUGACAGGUUCACAUACUGGUGCUGUUGGAUCGAAUCAUCACAACUCACCAUUCUCUAAACCCUCUAAACGCCAGAGAGAAAAAAAGACAUCGCCCUCUUGUAAGACACCAUCAACUGCAGAUCCAGCACCAGCUCCAAUGCAAGCCACGUCUACUCUUCCUCAAAUAAUGCCACAUCUCAGGGCAGAGCAAGACGCAACGAUUGAGAUGUCAAAAACAACAGAAGAUAUACUCAUUCAAUCAGUUGAAGGGGUGACAACUAGGUCUUGCUUAAGUCCCCAGAAACGAGUUGGCUCAGAUGUUCCAUCUACUUCGUCCCCAAAACACCGUCACUGUAAGCAAAAUGCAAGGACUGCAACCAUAAAGGCAACAUAUGGAGACAAGACUGUGAGAGUGCCACCCCCUGCAACAUCAGGAAUUGUUAAGUUGAAGGAAGAAUUGGCAAGGAGACUGGAGUUAGAGCAUGGCAGCUUCUAUGUGGAGUAUGAGGAUGAGGAUCAUGAUUGGAUUCUAAUAGCCUGUGAUGAUGUCUUACAGGAGUGUUUGACAUUUUCAAGGGACAAUCGAGUAAUCAGACUAGCAGUUCGUGAUGAGGUUGUCAAUUCUCAGAAUUCCGGCAAAGCUCUAGAGUGCUGAAGAGGAAAAUAACUAUUUUAUAUAUAUAUAUAUAUAUAUAUAUCUGUAUGUAUGUAUGUGUGUGUAUUUAUUUUAAAUUUUGUUUUUAUUUUAAUUUUAAGGUGUGCAUGUUGUGUGUCUUCAAAUUGGAACAAAAUAAAAAUUAAAAAAACAUUUGAAUAUAUCAUAUUGGCAUUUCUAUCAUUCAAUCAUAUAUUUUGCCCAGCCCCUUCUAGCUA